AUGCCCGGAACCGAGAUGCUAAAUGAAUCAUUUGGAGUAAAUGAGCAGGAAGGUUUACCAACGGAUGCAGCAAGUUUUCUACCUUUGAUGCUCCAAGCUCAGGAUCUUAUUAGUAAACUCGAAAGUCGAGUAUUUGAAUUGGAAAAUGACCUUGAGACCAUAAAUGAAGCUCAUGAACAUGAACGAGAUCAAUUACUUCAAGAAAUUGGUGAGAAAGAUGAAUAUAUUCAUAAUUUAAAAACCAAAGCUAGUCGUCUUGAGUUUGGAGCUCGGGAGGCCAUAAUUGUUCUAGCAAGAACUGUAGAAAUGCUUAAAGCACAAAGCCUUGAAGAAGAAGAAGAAAUUAGCAGAGACGAUGACGAUAAUGCUACAGCAGUAGAAUCAAAUGAUUUGGAGGGACAAUUCCUAGAUAGUAUUAAAUUAUGUUUAAAUUAUUUAAAAUGUACCCAAAAUAAUCAACAAGCACCAAAAAAUCCAAAGAAAUCGUUACCACAAGUACGGCGUGAUUCAAAACUUCAACCAUCUAAUGACGAUGACGAUGACUAUGAAUCUGAUCACAGGAUUGAAAUUAUUGCUCCGCAACAUAACCCUCUACCUAAUAAUGUUAUACCUAAUCACGUUGUAAAUGACGAUGUAGAAAAUGAUAUAAAUAAACUUACAGUCCAUCAUGAUAAUUCUAGGAGGGAAUCUUUUAGUAGUAGUCAAAUUUCGCUGGACGAUAUGCCUAAUCUUGAUGAAUAUGAUUUAGAUGGUUCAGAGGACAUUGCAGAUUUUGAUAUUCCUAUGUCUGAUGAUGAAAAUGAAAAUGAUGAUAACAAUAAUGAAAGGUCAGUUGACAGUGCAUUCGAAGAAGAGCUUGCGCGACGUCAAGAAUAUUUAAUCAAUUUACCAUCUCCUGGUCCAGUCCCUAACGUUCUGCAAAAUAACAGCAUCUGUCCCAAUUGCAAUACAUUGCUCUCUCAAGUUGAUCAACAUGUUGAGGAACGCGCUUAUCUUAAACGUGAUCUUUCUGCGUUAGCAUUAUCUCUUGCGGAAGAACAAUCUCUUCGGUCUCAAAUUCAGAAUAAUAAAGAAAGUUUAGAACGGGAAAUAGAUGAAUGGAUAAACGCCAUGUUUGAGAAAGUUAAUCAGAUGGUGUUUGAUGAGGCCGCUACACGUGAAGAGUUAGAAUGCUUAAACAGGGAGACUAAAGGCAAAAUGGAUAAUUCAUUGAAAUCAUCCGAAAGUAGGCAGGAUCGAUUAAGAGAAAUGAAAUUAUUAUUGGUCCAUUUAGAUUCUGCCAAACAAAGGCAGAGUGUACCGACACAAAAUGGAGCUCCACUAAACAGAAAUUCUAUUGUCCGUCGAAGUUUACUAGCCAAUUCUCCAGCAAAUAGUCCAAGAGCAAGCAGGAUAUUUGGUCACAUGUCUCCUAAUAUAUUUUUAGGCCAAUUCUCGGAUGAAAUAACGUUUUCUAAGGGCAGAAAUAUUUACAUUGAUAGUAUAGUUUUUGAAGAAUUCCAAGAAUAUGUGAAGUCGCUUACAAACUCUCCAACUCCUGUAAAUUCUAAUCCUACACAUCCAUUUAUAAAGCGUUGCAUGAGUGAAGAUAUCCAACCGUGCUUAUUCGAAGGACACGCAGGAUGGAAAUCACCAUUUUAUAAGAGACGUUUAUUAGAUGCUAUUAUUAAAAAUCAAUGCGAAAUUCAAAAAAUACAUUAUAAUUCUUCAAACUCUGUUCCAAGUAUAUCUGAGACCAGCCAAAUCAGUAGUUCAACAUCGAACACACGGUCCACCAAUUAUAAUGAACCACCACCAGCACCAAAACUUAAAUGUGGCCUUUGUGGUCAACAUAGAAGUUGUGAUUUCCGCAUGCGAAUUUCUGGACCUGAUGCUGCAGUGCCACCAAUGACAACUAUGACCCCAUCAUCACGAUUUUCUGUAACAGGAAGCCCGGGAUGGAUUCCACUUGAUAGAUUCUGUCGAGAUCGUGUUGUUGCCGUUUGUGAUUUUUAUACCUACAUUUCACAUUUACGUAAAGGAUUAUUUGCAAAUUCACCAGUAUGGGGAAUGUAUAAGCAAUGUCUUAAAUACCGCAGAAGAAUGAGCAUGGCACGCGUUAGUAGCGUUAGUAUGUUUGAAGAGGAGGAUGCCAUUAUUAACGAAUGUUUAAACAAUUCUGAAAUGGAAGGAAUGGUCGUACUUGUGAAUUAA